AACCUAUUCAUAAAACAGCACGGUGCUGCAGGCGUAAUGAAAUUAAUAUCGCUUGUCUCCAUUACAAUAUCGUAUCGCCAUAUAACCCCACCCCUGCAAGGAUAUUUAUAGGGGGCUCUGACGAAAGAUCCCAGGGGGAGGGAGGGUGGAUAUCUACAGAGCGUUACUGUGCAGGAGUCAGUCAGGGCUCUGAAAGCGACCAACUCGUCCACAGCAGGCUCCAGCAGUCCGGUGCUGCAGUGGAAAAGGAACUGCGUGCGCACGUUACUGGAAUUGUUUACUCCACACGCGUACGGGGACACGCACUGUGGAUGCAUGCAGGCAGCAGACACGGGGCUGAAGGGGCAGCUUCUGCAUGAAAGGUAAACAUUGUGGAACAUAAAAAAAAAUGUGUAGCCAGCUGGACAGUUCGAUUACUGUAUUACCCCAAAACGUGAUUUCGCAUCCCUCUGCGCUGCACUAGCAGAUUGAUCUCAGAAUGGAACAGACUGGACGGUUAACAAUAGAGUGUCACAGACUGGUGUAUACAAUACGGAUUGGCGAGUCCAUACAAUGGAAGCUGUUUCCACCAGGUCCAGGGUUCGGAGCGGGUUCGGAAUUCGACUCUGCAGCGGAGAACGAAAGAAGCACAGGAACCAGUGAAGAUAGCGCGCAUUGAUACCGUUUGGGAUCGCGAGUUGCUGAUGCACAAGACGUUCCAAAAUAAAAGUUAAAAGUAUUUAUAUAAUGUUAAAGUCAUAAUAAUAUGUUUAAUCACUAGUGGCCUAUACUAGCCUGCAGGAGUGUAAUUGCUUAUUAGUAGGUAGAGCUGUAUGAAGUGUAGUCCCAGGACUCUCUUUUUUUGUGGGGGAUACAAGACGAUUGUGGAAGCCGCUUAACGGCAGGUUAUUCUUGAGUUGCCGGCGACUGAGUCACCUGAGCAGAACUAACUCCUCCAUUCAGUUCGGCUCACACCAGCGUUCUGGAGACCGGUGACCCCGUGGGACUCUGCUCACAGCGAAGACACAAUGGGGAUUAUUGACUGUGUUCUUGUAAUUUUGCCAAGUAGAAAGGUUUAGCAGUUUCGCAUUGCCUGCCCCGCUCCCCGCCUCCAUGGACCCGAGAAUGAGAGCCCGACCGAGGGAAGCCCACGCCAGUCCUUCUCCCGCAGUUGCAGCCAAUGCAGAGGGAGACGCAAUUGAAGUGCUGGAAAGCACAGAUGUACUGCCUAUGGCUCCCGAAGAUCACUGGAAAACUCUUUUCGAUCAGGGCACAGCGCCAGGGCACUCCACUAGGCCUCCAUCUGCCAAGAAGAACUUCAGGGAAACCAAGCGGGCCAAGGAAAAAAUUCUGGACGUUCUCCGAGAAAAGUUUGACCCUGAGAACUCGGGCUACAUCAGUACGGAGCAGUUCCGGAGCCUUCUGAACACGCACGGCUCGGAGCUGGACCCCCACAAGCUUGCGGUGCUCCUGGCCCUGGCUGACAGCAACGCGGACGGGAGGAUCUGCUACCAGGACUUCGUCAAUCUGAUGAGUAACAAGCGCUCAAACAGUUUCCGGAGAGCGAUCCUGCAGGGCAGCCGGCAGAGGAAGAGCGUCGCCCUGCUGGAGGAACCCGGCCUGAGCGUCUCCCAGCGCCUCGUCCGCCACGUCGCCUUCGAGACCCUCCCCCGAGAGAUGGACCGCAAGUGGUACUACGACAGCUACACCGGCUGCCCCCCGCCCUGGUUCAUAAUCGUCGUGACCAUCGUGGAGGUGGCUGUGUUUGUUUAUUAUGGGCUGCUGCUGGACCGGUGGGUCCUCCAGGUGUCUCACCCGCUGUAUCUGAGGAACCCUCUGGUGUACCACCCCCAGCUGCGAGCGCAGGCCUGGCGCUACCUCAGCUACAUCUUCAUGCACGCAGGGAUAGAACACCUCACCCUGAACGUGCUGCUGCAGCUGCUGGUGGGCGUUCCCUUGGAGAUGGUGCACGGGGCCCUGCGGAUCGGCUUCCUUUACAUCUCCGGAGUGCUGGCAGGUUCCCUGGCCGUGUCGGUGGCUGACAUGACGGCCCCGGUGGUGGGAUCAUCGGGAGGGGUCUACGCUCUCGUCUCCGCCCACCUCGCCAACAUCGUCAUGAACUGGUCAGGAAUGAAGUGCCAAUUUAAACUGCUUCGCAUGGGGGCUGCAUUGCUUUGCAUGAGUGCGGAGUUCGGGAGAGCGGUGUGGCUGCGUUUCUACCCCUCGGUCUACCCGCCCUGCCCCAACCCCAGCUUCGUGGCCCACCUGGGCGGGGUGGCGGUGGGGGUCACGCUGGGGGUGGUGGUCCUCAGGAACUACGAGCAGAGGCUCCAGGAGCAGUCGCUCUGGUGGAUCUUCAUCUUAGUCUACAUCGUCUUCGUUCUGUUUGCCGUCUUCUGGAACAUCUUCGCCUACAGCCUGCUGGAGCUCCGGCUGCCUCCCCUUCCCUGAAGACCCAGGCUGCCGUCGGAGAUGCCAGGUCAAACACCAGCGCUGGCACGCACUCGUGUGGGCAAAGUGUGGCAUGGCCAAGCCUGCCUGGACCUGCUUGGGGAAGGGCCGUGACUUUAAUGUGGGUACGUUUUCUAACACGGAAGGUGUCUUUGCAUAAACUAAACAGAACAAAGAUGUGCCCGUGAGCAUCGUGACUUUUGUGUACAGUUUGUACAGCCUGUUUACAUGUUAAACAUUACUGGAUUCCAAAGUAAUGCCAAAAAAAAUAAAUCACUGAACAGAUCCAUGCAGAAGUAGGUUGUUCAAAUAUCCGCCACGCUCUACCGUCGUGCUGAGGGGGAGGCUUUGGCGCCUCCUUUUGGAGGGUGGGGGGGACUACAGAUGAAUUAAAUUUGUAUAUAUACGGUAUCAUGGAAAGAAAACUUCCUGAACUCUGUUUAAUACAGUAUAAUGUGCUGUCCUCUAAUAACAGGAAUGCAUUGUGCAAUUCUGCAAAUCAAAGAAAUGCUCAUCUCAGACCCAGCCCUUAGUUGCUUACCGUAUCUCAGUGUGCAGAAUUGGUCUCAUCAGUCCUUAUGCGCAGUGGCCAAGGGAUGAAACUGUAAGAUGCAUGAUAGUGAAAAGUGCUGUAUGUUUUUCAAACUACAAGAGUGGUAUCUGUCUUAAUUAUUUCUUUUGAUGAGCUUCCUAUAAACUCCAGAGUCUGUCAGUCUUAUUGUCACAUGGUAACCUGCGUCAGAACUACAGUUAGAAAGACAGGAAACAUUUCGUUCUGCUCAGUCACCGUUGUAGUUUAUCACAGCACCACAGCCCCUUGAUGGAGUGACAGCCUUAUUAGGUACAGUGGGGUGCACAUUAUUCCUUAUAUAAUGAUAUCAUUUUGUAUGAAGUGCAGUUUCGACCUCUAAACUAUUGUAAGUGAUUUGCCAAAAAUGUAAGCCAGUGUUCUAUCUGUGUACGGAAUGCGUCUAGGAAUGUAUUGUAAUGCAAUGAAGUGUAUUGUAGACCGUAGGCGAUAUGAAAUCAGAAUUGUGUUGAAUGCCUCUCUCUCUGAUCAGCCCUUCUAUCAGUUUCCCAUAGUAAAUGUGCAUGAUCCUCUUGAUGCUUUUCCAUACACACUGAAUUGCAUUUAAUGCUGAUUUUAAUGAUUAAUAAUUGCUUUUUGUAGCUUUGCCAUACUCCUGUGUGAUCUGCUGUGCUCACCUGUGCUGUACCGUGCAUUUAGGCUUCCACUGUGGUAUAGCACAGUAAACUGUUAUAAGGGGGGCCCUUGUGAAUUGAAUACGAGAUGCAGUUGUCUUAACCUUAGAAGAAUGUAAUUGAAGGAGUUUGUCCUUUUUUUAUCGCUUGCACCUCUUGUUUGGGCGUGGGAGGGGUUGUUAUUUAAGUGACGUUUGUAUUCAGUAAAUAAUGCUGUUUUAUAAAGAGUGCAGUUUUGUUUUUGCUGUUUUUGAAAUUUUCCCGCAAAACAUAAACGUACUCCUAACUGAAUCAUUCUCCUAUUUAAAUGGUUUGCCAUUUAAAAGAUACAGUUACCUUCGAAACCUCUGUCUGUUCUGCAAGUGAAAUAAUAUACUAAUCCCUACCAAAUCUUAAAGCACAUGAAAUACCUAUUAAAGUACAUCAGGUACACUUAAUCAAAUAUACAACAGUACAGUACUGUGCUGGAAAAUAAGCUCAGUAAUAGUCAGGCGAGCUUUCUGAAGCGGUAUGAUUUUUAUUACUGCAGGUAAUGGUUACGUUUCAUUUUCAGUCCUGCGCAGUGCUGCUGCACCUGUUAAUGGAUGUACCGCAUUCAGGAAAAGACGACAGCAGCAGGCACAGCAUUAGUGUGUCACAUGUGUCCUCUUUUUAAUGGCAAUCCGAGACUUCAUCCUUGGUGUGCAUGGUGAAGCUUCACAGUAAUCAGGCCUGGCUACUGGGAGCUGAUCUCACAGUCUGGUGUAAAGAGAGCUCAGAAAUGAUUGAUUUAAACUGUCUUUGUGUGGCGAUUGAUAACAUUUCUUCUAUAAUCUUAUUCUUACUGAAUUUCUAACUGUGCGGUUGAAAUGAGCACUCGAUGGAGGGUUGUGUUAUCUGAUGGGGGGGGAGAGGGCAUGAUUCAGAAAGAUAGAUACCUGAUAGCCUUAUUGUGUCCAAUAUUUUUUUUUUUUUUUUUUUUUUAAAUAACCGUUUGUAUGGGCAUCAGAAUUAGAUUAUAAUGCAUCUUCCUUAGAAAUGUUAACUUAUUGUAAUGUCUGUCUUGUAUCAUCAUUGUACAUGUAUUCAAAACUAUUUUGUACAGUCUUAAAAUAUUUAAAAAAAAAAAAAAAAGAAA